AUGACACGAAACUCUCUGGCAACUCUAGUUAUCUCGAUUCGUAGUCUCCUGAAGGAGCGGAUCGAGCACCAAGAGGUCCUUAGGAAAUUGAUACGUAAACGUAUAGCUAAGGGUAUCGAUAAAGAGCACCCAGACUUCUUCGACCAACUGAUGAACGAAAAUGAUAAGGCUAAAGCAAAGCAACUAUUCACAACAGCCACUGCACUAGCAGGUAUCACUUACUAUGUCCUAGAACGACCAGAGUGUCUUCAGGCGCUACAGGAAGAAGUACGCAACUGCUUCACCAGUCAUACAGAUAUUGACGAGGCAAAGACCCUGCGUAUAUUUGUCCCUCUUUCUAUAAACGUGCUGCGCGUCAGUCCCGGUGCCUUUGUGGACGGGCAUUACAUUUCCAAAGGGACCAUUGUUUCCGGCCACCAAUACACGCUUGGACACCAUCCCAAGUAUUUCACUGAUCUGGAGUCGUUUCACCCGGAGCAUUCCCGUUAUGCCGGUGACAAUCUUGAAGCAUCAAGACCCUUCUUGGUAGGCCCUCGAACCUGCCUUGGAAACGACCUUGCAUAUUCCGAAUUGCGUCUUAUCUUGACCAAGCUUGUAUGUCCGUUUUACUGGGAGACUGUCAAGGAGCUUGACUUCGGCAAAGAAGUGGACUGGGCUCGAGAUACUAUAACACAGUUUCUGUGGGCAGAGCCAGAAUUGAGGGUCAAGUAA